CUAUGGCGCCGCCCAUUAUGCAUUAAAUGUCAACAGUGGAAACGGGCAUGUUUGACAGUGAGAAACGUUCUUUCAAAGAACUUCUUUGCUAUUUUAAAUACUAUUAUUAGUAUAAGUGAAGCACUUAGCAGUAGUACUGCUAAAUCAGCCCGGGCCACUAGAAGAGUGUUCUGUGUGAGAUGAUCGAAAAAACUCAGAGAAUUUAUGGAAAUGUCAAGAAUAAAACUUGAGGGCAGAGAUGCAUACCCUGCGAAGACUGAGGGGGGAAUUUCCGACGUUUUUAGCGACAAGCCGUUCAUCUUAGCGAAAGCAAGAUGGGUUGGAGAUGAGGAGGUGUCGGUCUGUAUUGGGUGCGACAACAAAUUCAACCAGUUACGGAGAAAGCAUCAUUGUAGGCAAUGUGGACGAGUCUUGUGUGCAAAAUGCUGCAAAGAAAAAGUUCCACUCCCCCACCUGGGCCUAGAAGAGCCAGAGAGAGUCUGUGACUUGUGUCUGCCAAUAUCGGAACUCAUCACCAAAGCCCGCUCCAAAAUCACAGCAUUUCAGAUAGAAGCAGCGAAUGGAAUCUCCAAAGGUGUCCAAGAGCCCGAGACCAUUAUUCAAAUGGUUGAACUGGGCGGCCUUCAGACUUUGAUCUAUCUGACAAGGGUUAACUCAAGUGAUCAGGUCAAAAGGUCAUGUGCCUCUGGUCUACAUACCCUGGCUACACAUCAGCCAUUACUGCCAGUAUUAGCAGAGGCAGGGGCCAUCAAAGCUUUAUGCAGUAUUCUGACCAACGUCUUGGAAUCUCAGGAGAGAUUGAUUGUCGAUGGACUCAGUGCCUUAAUGCUUUUCUGCAAAAAUUCAAGCCUGAAAACCAGAGCAAUCCAUGAUGGUGCUUUACAGCCAGUACUUCAACUGUGUGGUAUGUCGUCAUCAAGUGCUAUUGCCCUGUUGGCUGUUCAAACACUCAACCUCAUAACAGAGGAUGCAAAAAGCCACCAAGCCAUCAUUGAGAGCAACCAUAAUGCACUCGGAAAACUUCUGGCACUCACAGUUUCACCAGAUGAACAGAUGCAAGAGGGUUCAUUGAAGACGCUGGCCAAGCUAUCUAUGGGAACAGAAUGGCAUAGACACAAGAUCAUUCAGGAGGAUUUUACAAGUGGAAAGAUGAUCCUCCGAGCCCUCAAGAACAGACCCAAGAAUAUCCAAGUCUUAUGCAAUGUCUUAUGUCUGGUUGGUAACCUAGCAACUUGUGAGCAAGAUCAGGCAUCCUUGAUGGAAUAUAUGGAUUGUGUGUGCCGCCUUAUGGUAGAGUUCAAAGCAAGGAAUGAAUUGGUGCUCCAUGCAGCAAGGGCCAUAGCCAACUUUGCUAAAUGUCAGCAGAAUGCAUACAGACUCGGUCAACAUACUGCUGACGUUGUUGCAAUCUGCAUGAAGUCUAAUGUGCCUGAAGUUCAUUACCAUGGAUUAAGAGCUGUCUUCUCUCUACUGAAACACUCCACAGCCAUCACCACCAUGGACUUGAUGAAACAGUUGAUUGGCAGGCAAACCCAAUGCCUGACUGCUAUCCGGUUCCUUAGUGUGACGUCACUUCAGUCUAAACCACGCCCACUGACCAUUCAAUAGCAUUGGAACCAUUGGAACUGGAACUUAACACAACUUAAGUGUUUAUCCAAUGGGCGCUAAUAAUCAGUGGUGCGCGCGCGUGUAUACACCAGAUAAUGGCAAGCCCCUUGAAUUGCUUAUUGUAGGUAUUUUCCCAAACUUUAAUAAAUUGUGUUGCUUCCUUUAGACAAGAACUUUGAAUGAGACAUAGUAUUUUGUGCAGUUGUCCUUCCUUCUGGCUUCAAUAGCAAAAAAUAAAUGCUUCUUUACAAGUUGAUUUAUAUGUUCGAUGAUAAAGGGAAUAGUUGGAUUUGCAUUGCAUGAACUGUGCAGAAAGUCUUGAUUCAACUAGUAUUUCUUCUAAAAUCAGUUGAAUCACACAGAAGGUACAUUGGAGUGCAGUGUUUGGUGCAGAAUUUUGACAAGUGAUCAUUAUGAAUAUGAGACAAUGCACUUGUUUAGUGAUUUGUGCUGCACCCUAUUUAAUAAAAAAAAAAAGGCAGUAUAGCUUUUUACAAUUAUCCUUCCUUCUGGCUUCAGUAACAAAAAAAGAACUGCUUCUUUACAAUUUGAUUUACAUGUUUCCAAGACUUGAAUACUUACUAUGUGCAUAUUCAAAUAAGGUUUUACCCUUCACCGACGUAUAAACACUGUAUACUCAGUU